AGGAGCAAAUGAAAGCGAAGCGCAAGGAGGCGGAGCUCAGACAAGUCCAGUCGCAGGCUCACGGUCUGCAGAUGAGGCUGAAAUAUUCGCAGAGUGACCUGGAGCAGACCAAAACGCGACACUUGGCGAUGAACAUGCAGGAAAAGUCCAAGCUGGAGAGCGAGUUGGCCAACUUCAACCCGCGAAUCAACGACAUCAAAAGGAUCAUCCAGAGCCGGGAGAGGGAGAUGAAGGACCUGAAGGAGAAGAUGAAUCUGGUGGAAGACGAGGUGUUCGAGGAGUUCUGCGAGGAGAUCGUGUGCGGAACAUCGCGAGUUUGAAGAAGAGAAAGUCAAGAGACAGAACGAGAUCGCCAAGAAGAGGUUGGAGUUCGAGAACCAAAAGACCCCCCGCCUGGGGAUCCAGCUGGACUAUGAGAAGAACCAACUGAAGGAGGACCAGGGGAAGGGUGCAGCAGUCUGGGAGCAAUCUGUGAAGAAAGACGAAAAUGAAAUCGAAAAACUUAAAAGGAGGAGCAGAGACACAUGAAGAUCAUAGAUGAGACUAUGGCUCAGCUGCAAGACCUGAAA